AUGGCACACAACAACUCCUCCGAUUUACAAAACUCGACCGAUGGUAGCAAUCCUCCUAUUAACCCACCUUCCAACAACACUACAAUGCACCCCGUCGGUCCGGAUGGCAAGCCGAACGCGGUUGCCGAGAAUAAUACUACUCCGAAGGUUGUCAAUAAUCCUCCAGCCACACUUCCCACCACCAGUGCGCCUUCACAGCUACCACAGCUUGAGAAUCACAACAAGGAGUUUUACUUUGCAUUAUUUGCAUUACUGGUUGCGAUAGUGGGUGGCGUAAUGUGGGGAGUGGUAAAAUAUCCAUUAAUAGGAGCUAUUUUAUUGGCUAUCGGAGUGUUCUUGCUACUGGGUGUUGGAUUGUUUACGUUCUAUAAAAUUCGGCAGCAAAACUACCGAUUGCAACUGCAACUCUAUCAGCAAGUGUAA